CCAGCCCGGACGACACUAUUAGUGCAAGCUAAUAUUGUAAUUUUAAAUUAAAUUUUAAAUAAAAACCAUGUCUUACAAAGCAGAUUUACGGCAAUUAUUAAAGCCAUAUUACUGGUUUAAUAUUAUAUUAAGUAUGUCCUACGUUACGUGUAAAAGGACGGGUUAUAUUUGCAAUUUUUUGUUCCCGAGUUCGGACUGUGAGCUUGAUAGUAGAGAAACGGAAAUAUUAUUUUUCCUAAUUAUAGUCGUUAUGCUGAGGACUAGGAAGGCGGGAAGUGUAACUAUGGUUAACUAUUUGUCGUCCUCAUUCGUUUAUACGAAGAUAGCUAACUUAAUUCUUUGGUUUUACGCAGAUAUAAGAUAUGGUCUACCCUACGGAGCCAUCCUGAUCCUCUCAGCCCUACUCCUCCCUGAACCAACGUACAUGGGCCCAGAACACGUUACCUACUUCCGGGGACCACAAAUCCUGGAGGAUGAGCUCAAACACCAUAAAAGUACGACCUGGAUUGUCUGCCUGUAUGCUGCAUGGCAUCCAGCUUGCGUCAACUUUGCACCGGUCUUCGCUGAGCUCUCGGCGAGUUACAGCCUUGAUAACCUGAAGUUUGGGAAGCUGGAUGUCGGCAGAUACCCAGAAGCAGCAGCUAAGUAUAGAGUUCAGGAUGGUCCGACCAGCCGCCAGCUGCCGACGGUGCUGGUGCUGUCUGAGGGGCAGGAGAAGAUGAGGAGACCCCAGGCUGACCACACUGGGAAACUGCAGAAAUUCCUCUUCUCCAAAGACAACGUGAAAGCGGCAUUCGACCUGGAUGGCAUCUACCAGGAGUGUAAACAGAGGCUGUCAGCCUCCAAGAACAUUAAAAAGGAUGCAUAGAUUCCACCUCGACGUUCUUCAUCAUUACACCAUCAUCAUCAUC